AUGGUAGCAGCAUUAUCAAAGCCAGCAAAUUAUAUCAUUUGCAGUAUUUUAUCAUUAAACUCAUCACACUUGUACGGAAAAGAAACUAAAAAGCCAAGUUUAUCAACAAUGUCCAACGUGCUAUUUAUAAGAAAACAGGGAUUUAAUUUAAAACCACGAGAAUUCUUGCGAAGCCUGAUGGUAGAAAGUCCCAUAUUACAAUCUUCAAAUAGUAAAAAUGUCCCAGUACGACCAAGUGCAAGUCAAAAUAACGGCAAUAAAAUCAGCAAUUUAUCGUCAGAUCGAAAGGUAAAGAAAAAAGUGCCUUUUGGAAGAAUGGGUGAAGUUACUCUUAUGUCUGUCUGCACACAAUGCAUUCAAUUAAUGCUCCUAUAUUCCCUUUUUUUCCCUGGAUGUGAUAAAACAAGGCUCCCACUGAUCACCGCCAGUGGUCUAUGCCUUAUGGACUGUUUUUUAAACUUUGCUUUGCGGAAAGUUUGUAACCACUACUUUUCUCCAAACCAUCUUAUCACACACUCUGAAUCACAAAAGCCUUUUGACUCACCAAAUUUUUUCAUUUAUUCUAUUUAUCAAGGAAGUCUAAGUGAACCACUUCACCUGAAUGAUUCUGAUCAAUAUCACCGCUCCAAACUGACAAAAAUUCUGCAAUACUUUUCUGCAAAAUCCUUGGUCAUCUGA